AUGUCCACUCAAGAACCUCUCCGUCUAGGAUGGAUAGGCCUCGGAUCGAUGGGCCUGGCCAUGGCAACAAACAUCCAGAAACAUCUUAAAAAACACAGUCUACCGUUGUUGAAGUACUGGAACCGUACAAUCUCAAGAGGUGAUAGUUUGAAAGAUAUCGGAGGCACGCCAUGCCCCUCAAUUGCAGACCUGGCUCAAAACUGUGAUGUGAUAUUCAUCUCAGUCAGCGAUGACACAGUCCUCCGAUCUGUCACAGAGACCAUCUUAAGCAGCGGCUCCAUAACCUCCAAAACUUUUGUGGACACAACAACAGUCCACCCUACCACCACAUCAACUAUCACCAACAACUUCACCUCCGCGGGCGCCUUCUAUAUCGCCACCCCCGUCUUCGGCGCCACGCCCCUCGCCGUCGCUGGCCGUCUGCUGGUCGCCGUCGCUGGUCCUCCUUCUGCUAUCGAACUUGUUCUCCCCUUUCUCGAAAAUGUUAUCGCGCGCACUGUUAUCAGAGUUGGUUCCGAGCCCUCCCAAGCCCUUCUGCUGAAAACGACAAGCAACUUCAUUACUGCGGGUCUCAUGAUGCUCCUUAGUGAGGCGCAUGUAGUAGCUGAGAAAACGGGCCUGCCAGCAUCUGUUCUUGAGUCUCUGGUUGAAGAGAACUUUGGAGCCUACGCACAUGGUGUUUCGAAACGUUUAACUAGUGGGAGCUAUUUACCUGCUCCUGGCCAGGCACCUUCUUCAGGGUUGGAGCUUGGAAUCAAGGAUGUCGGCCAUGGAGUUAGUCUUGCGAAACAAGCGGGUAUGACGUUGGGUAUUGGAGAAAUGUAUCUUGGGGCAGCGGAGGAGGCGAAGGCCUAUGGAGAUGAGAUGGGAAGAAGAUGUGAUAGUAGUGCUGUUUUUGGAAUUGUGAGGAAGAGAGCUGGCUUGGAUUUUGAGUCAGACCGUGUUCAAGAACGAGAUACAGAGAGGCAGGGUGAGGGGAUGAAGUAA